AUGGCCCGCCCCUCCUCACCUCCCCCCCGUGCUCGCUUCCGAUCCUUUUUUGUUCCUCGACAUCCGACCUUCUCUCCGACGGCCGCGCCGACGCCCGCGCCGACGAGCGCGCCGACGCCCCACCCGACCCUGCCGACGGGCGGCACGACCGGCGGCCUGCUCCCCACGCCCGGCCCGACGGAGGUGCACGGGAUCGGCGACCCGCACCUGGUCAACCUGCACGGGCAGCACUUCGACCUGAUGCAGCAGGGCGUCCACGCCCUGCUCCAUGUGCCCCGCAUGGCGAGCCGAUCCAAGGUGCUCCUCCGCGUGGACGCUGACGCCCAGCGGGUAGGGGGCGAUUGCGCGGAUACGUAUUUCAUGAGCAUCAACAUCACGGGGAAGUGGGUGGAGCAGAAAAUCCGCGCGCUCGGGCGGGCUUCUGGCACUGGCGUUUCCUUCAAGGCGGGCGCCGGGGCAGCCCACACGGGCACGAAGUGGAUGUCGUUCGGGAAGAUCACGCUGAAGGUCGUGCACGGCCGCACGAAGACAGGCGUGGCGUACCUGAACUUCUUCGCUCGGAAUUUGAGGCACACGGGCUUCCUCGUGGGCGGGCUCCUCGGGGAGGACGACCAUGCUGAUGCGGCCGAACCGAGCAGCGCCUGCAAGCGCGUCAUCGAGAGCUGA